GGAAGUAGGGUUUGUUUUGUAUUUUUGUCGCGACGCGGGAACGGGACGGUCGAGCACACUGAGGUCGUAAACAAACUAACGCGAUUCUUUGUACAUCCAUUGAAUGGUCGGCCAUUCUGACCAUGCAGUCCAAAAAACAGGAUGUGGCCAAACCGAAUAUCUCCCCAGUUCUGUUCAUGACUGUGGACGGUGAGCCCAUGUCUUUCUUCCUGCCACCGGGUCCUGUUAAAAGCAAGCUCCAGCCGCUCAUCACAGCCGGGGCAGGGCUGUUGAACAAUGUGCAGCAGCCAGGAGCAAUCCUGCUGAUACCCCCAGAGGAAAGAGGCAUUAUUCCUGAAAAUAGGACUCACUGGUACGUGUCCACCCAGUACAUUCUUGACUGUAUUGAGAAGGAUGAACAGCUGGAUUUAGAGGACUAUAGGUUACAUUGUGAAGUGGUCCCGAGACAGUCCCCUAGACUCAACAAUAACAAACACAUCUCAACUGGACUCUCUGGAGGCAGGGUUGCCUACACCGCUGAAGAGGAUGCUGCCAUUUUGUCUUAUGUCAGCAAGCACAAGACAGAGACUAAGGGAAACCGGCUUUGGCAAAAGAUGGAGAAGCAGCGCGUGACCACUCACAGCUGGCAGUCAAUGAAAUACCAUUAUCAAGUGCCACUGGCAAAGAGACAUUCAGAGGUUGUGGAGGUGGCAACAACAGAGGAAGACACCAAGGCAGCCGAGAGCGAGACCAAGGUACAAGAAAAUCAAAAAAUAGAUGUUCCAAAAAACUCCAAUGGAGAAGACUCUCCUCCGAUGAAUUCAACGGAAACGGACCUAAAACAGAUAGGUGCCCAGUCCACUCCAUCUGAAAGCAGAGAAACAGAAGUUGUCGAAGCUCAAACAUCCAUCCCUCCCCAAGAAGAAGUGCAACAUGUGGACCCACAGACAGAUAAACAACCAGCUGAAAGCACAGAGGUAGAGACUGUCGAAGCUGAAACAUGUAACUCCGAGGGAUCUUGUUUGGACGCACAGACAGAUGCCCAACCCGUUUCAGCUGAGUGUGCAGAACCAGAAAUGGAGGAACCACAAACAAUCAUUUCCCCACCAAAAAAAAGUGUACCAGGGGAUUCUCCUUCAGCUGAGCCUGAGUCUCUGCCUGACACCUCCUCUCAGAAAGAGUCCGAAGAGAAGCAGAAAGCUUCCCCCAAGCCGGAGCAACUACAACGUCGAUUUACGCGGCGGCGGCUCGUGGUCGACGUGUCUUCAUUGCCUGAACCGUAUGGCAAACAAGUCAGAUCAUCAACAACUUCUCCAGGGCGACUAUCAUUAUCCCCUCAGCCCUCAAAGAAAACUAAAGCAGCCAAUAAGUCCAAUCUUCAGACGGACACAACAGAAGACCAGCCGCCUUCUAAGAGAGCCAGAGGAAAGAGUGUGGCAGAAAGUCAGGCUGCCGUCCCUGAAACCGCACAAGAAGAUAGAGAGUCUAAUUCAGUGCCACAGAAAGGAGAGAAGAAGAAAGAAAAGAGGAAGUUGGGGAUUCUAGAAAUGGCUACAAAGGAGUUUGAAGAUGGAAGUGAUUCUGAUGAAGAUGGAAGUCUAGAUCUCCAGAACCUGACUGAAACGGCCACGGUACAACCCACAUCAACAGAGCCUCCACUCCGAACCUCAGACACAGCUUCAGAUGUUGUUUCCACGCCGUCCAACCCUGAACAUGGACCCAUCCCCCAGGAGAACAUGCAGGUGGCCGAGGCCUCCUCCAGCACCUUCCUACCUAAGACAGGCUGUCCUGAACCUGCGGCCAAUGAGGCCGUCAAUGCAGCCUCCAAGGCCCACCUGUUCAUAUUUGACAGUGAAUCCCAGGAGGACUCUCAGUCCAUUAUUGGUGAUAAUCCAGUAGCUCUGUCCAAACCACAGUCAACAGUGAACAAAGACGCCGCACUUUCACUGACCCAGGUCCAGUUGGAAGAGGACAAGCAGCGAAUCAAAGCGCUGAUGAACCAGACUAACCAGGAUUUAGUCAGUGUGACCAAAGCCCUGUUGAAGACCAGCGGAGACUUCUCUGCUGCUCUGGAGCAGCUUUUGAAUCCCUCCUCCAUUUCAGGACCAGUUUGGAAUCGCUGUGACGAUGGUCUUUUGUUCUCAGCUGAUCCCGUCGUCCGACAGCAGCUACAAGAGAAAUACAGCGAGGAGGACGUGGCCAAAAGAAUCGUGUUCCUUGAGGUAGAGAGAUGAAAUUGAAAGACACAUUAGUAUAGAGAGAAAGGAGGAGAAUAGGAGAUCAAGACUUAAGCAGUUAUUAUGCAGCCUAACUAGUGUGAGCUUGCUUGCUGAUAUUGGAUUAUUUUCACAUAAAAACUAGUGGCCCUCUACUUUAUUGCUGCUUCUUCUGGCUAACUUGAGAUGAAAUCAGAAACCUUGAACCAGAGGUUUUAACUAUUAAACAUUUUAGGUAGAUUAAGUUAGACCAUUCUCUAUACCUUUUGUUUGGGAACAGAAUCUUUCAAUGUGCUUAGAAUGAAAAUACUGUUUUAUGUUUUUAAUUAGUUGUAUGCUCUCUUUCUUUAAAUUGCAUUAAAUGUUUCUCACGGUUUCAAAAACACAUGCUUUAUAUUAUGAAAUAAAUAUCCUGUUUUUCUAA